UUAUUUUUGAAAACCAUCAAUCAUAUUGUGAGUCGUAUUCUCCACUUAUUACAAUAUAAUUAAUUAUCAUUAUAAAUAGUAGUAUAAUUUUUUAAAUGAGAUCAUGACUAUUUUUUUAUGGAGGGACGGAGUGUUUCCUUACCAAAAGAAAAAGAUAAAGAAAAAGAAAUUGGUGCCCUCUAGCACUAGAUUAUUUAUAUUUGGCGCCUCUCUCCACUUUGUUUUUUUGUAAAUUUUUGCCCUCCAUCUCUCGGUUUUCAUUUGAUUGAAUUGAGUUCCCCAAUUUUCAACACCGUCGUCACACUCCUCAAAUCCGCAAUUGUUACACCAAAGCAAUGACAGAAAUUGAAAAGUCAAAUUCCGGGAAUGAUUCGGCUCGGCCAUGGCAAACCUACAACACUGUUUAUACUACCGCAAAAGCAGGGAUGGAAGGGGUGGACAAGGAAAAAGUGCAGAGGGUAGUAUAUGAGAUGAGCAAGGGGUCCAAGUAUUUUGAACACGAGGAAAAGAAAGAAGCUUACAUGAAGCAGAAAAUCGAGAGUUUUCGGGCGCAGCUUGCAAAGCUUACGGACUCAGAUGUAUCACACCAUCAGAAGAUUGCUGAUAGAAAAAUUGCAGAAUUGGAAGCCACCCGUGAUCUGUCAAGGAUUUGGUUACAUGUAGAUAUGGAUGCUUUUUAUGCAGCCGUUGAAACACUGAGCAAUCCUUCUCUAGAAGGCAAGCCAAUGGCUGUUGGUAGCAUGUCUAUGCUAUCAACAGCUAAUUAUGAGGCACGGAAAUUUGGGGUUAGAGCUGCAAUGCCUGGAUUUAUUGCACGUAAACUGUGUCCUGAACUAAUUUUUGUUCCAAUCGACUUCAAGAAAUACACUCAUAUUAGUGGUUUAACUAGAAAAGUUUUCCACAGGUACGAUCCGAACUUUCUAGCUGCAAGUUUGGAUGAGGCUUACCUAGAUAUAACAAAUUUCUGCAAUGACAAAGGGAUGACCGGUGCACAAUUCUUGGUGAUUAUGUUUCCUAAGGUGGCUGAAGAGCUUAGAGAAUGUAUUCACGAGGAGACUGGACUCACAUGUAGUGCUGGGGUGGCACCAAAUCGCUUGCUUGCCAAGGUUUGUUCAGAUAUCAAUAAGCCAAAUGGUCAGUUUAUUUUGCCAAAUGAGCGUGCGGCUGUUGUGACAUUUAUAUCAUCACUACCUAUAAGGAAGAUUGGGGGCAUUGGUAAAGUGACUGAAAAUAUUUUGAAAGGAGUGCUCGGAAUUACGACCUGUGAGGAAAUGCUGCAGAAAAGUAGUAUCAUAUGUGCACUAUUUCCUCAUACAUCUGCAGAUUUCUUUUUAUCUGUCAGUUUGGGGAUUGGGAGGACAGAUACGCCUCAAGUGACCCAGAGGAAAAGUAUGAGUACAGAAAGAACAUUCUCAUCUACAGGAAAUGAGACAUUGAUUUUCCAGAAAUUAGUUGAUCUUUCAGAAAAUCUUUCCUCCGACAUGAAGAAAGAAGGCAUCCAUGGAAGAACAUUGACAUUAAAGUUGAAAACAGCAUGUUUUGAGGUUCGAACUUGGGCAGUGACUCUACCAUAUUAUACUUGCUCAAGUGAGGACAUUUUGAAACACGCGAAGAAGCUUCUCAAGGCUGAACUUCCGGUAUCACUCAGACUCAUGGGACUGCGAAUGUCACACUUCAGUGAAGGCAGAGAAGGUGUUGCAGCUGAUCCUAAACAAAAGACACUUUCUAACUUUCUAGUGGCAGAGGAUGCUUCUGGACGAGGGCCCAGAGCUCAAGCACAGUCAGAGUCCAGUUUAUGUAGUGAUAUACAAGAACCAUCCGAAUCAAUUGAUUUUGCAGAUACCCAUCAGAUACGAGACUCUGAACACACGGGCACAAGUCAUUUUCACAGUGAAGCUGAAACUCAAGAAACUUUUGAUCACCAGAUUGACAAUUUCAAUGCAAAGGUUUCUCAUCACGAUACAGUUGGAGCUUCGACAGAGCUCCUUCCAGCAGGAACUGGUCGAUUAGUGGAAAGUGAUUUGUCGUCUGGGCUGUUUGAGGAAAUCAGUUUUGAUCAACAGAAGAGAAACUGCAGCAACGACGAGACAGGGUCUUCACUAUAUCCUAGAGAAUCCAUGUUUUGGUUGAAUGACUACCAAUGCUCUGUAUGUGGAGCCGAACUGCCUCCCAGCUUUACGGAGGAAAGGCAAGAGCAUUUCGAUUUCCAUCUCGCUGAGCGUCUGCAAGAUGAGGAGUCGAGCAACAAAAACAGACUUGUUAAGCCUAAGCUAAGGUUCGUCGAGAAGGAAGAGACGAGCUAUAAUCGACAGAAAAAGAAGCAGAAAAGAUCUCCUUCACGGGGUAAGCACAUUCCAAUCGAUGUGUUCUUUGCAAAGACAAGCCAAAACUUCUGAUGUAUAAUAGUAAUCAAUUUGUUCUUCAUAGAUCCUAUGUAUAUUUUCCCAAAGCAAAGAAUUCAUAACAAUAAAUUAUUUCCUGCUCA